GGAACCAAAUUGGGUGCUCUGGUCUGGUCCUUCUAUUGCACUUAAAUUAAUUGCAGAAGCAAGCUCUGUUGUUCUAUUGCGGAAUUCACAUGGAAGGGGAAGAAGAAGAAGAAGGGUCUGCGUAUUUUGCGUAUAUUCCCAACCAUCAUUGCAAGCAAGAAAAGAUGUCGUUUUUGUGUGUAUAAUUUUUGCCUUGGUAACCACUCUGUCUGUUUGCUGUGAAAUAUGAUUCUGCACGUGAAAUCAAUGGCGGAUUCUUGCGUCCGUUGGGGAUCAAAUAAUAAAAAAGAAACAUGUCUUGCAGAGAUAUACAUAUAGAUUGUGUGUGUAUUGUGAAAUGGAGAAAUGGGCCUCUGAUCUUGGAUGAACAAACCCUAAUUAAUCUUGAUUUUGACAUUAAAAUCGAGGAUGGAUUGUUGGUUGGUUGGAUCAAUGGAGUCAACGUCCUGCUUUGCACGCCGUUCCACUACCACCAAACACACCACAGAAAACAGUUCACACAUUACCCUACCCCCACCCCCACCCCCAGCCCUUUUUGCUGUAGCCCUAGGUUGUUCUCUGCCCUAAUUAUAUGGCGUGAAUGUAUAUAAUAAUUUUUUAUUUAAUAAUAUAUAUAUAAAAUAUAUAUAUGUGGGUGUACAGAUAGAGAUACAGAGCAUUGCUAUUAUUGUGAUAUAUCUUGAAAAGGCAGAAAAAUAACGGCAUAUUCCACUAUCUUUCCAUUCUCUCUCACUUGCUGGUUAUUUUGGGGGAAGAUUUCUCAAAGCAGCACGUUGGGGAGAGAUUUGAAUCUCUUCUUGGAUUAACAAUUCUUGCCCAUCCACAUUUUUGUAAGGAGUGAGAAAAAACCCCUUGUAGGUGAAGGAUUCUGCAGAUCUUCGUCGAUUUUUUUGUUUUUGUUUUUGUUUUUUUUAACCCCGUUUUUUUCGGGCCUCACUUGCUGUCUAGAAUUCGUUAUUUCGUCAAUCUGCCGACCGAAUUGUGUGAGGAAGGCAGGAUCUUUGUACCGAAAUUUCCCAUUCCAAGGGAAUUAGGGAUGGUGGUGAAAAUGAUGAGAUGGCCAUGGCCGCCUCCGAUUUCGAAAAAGUAUGAAGUGAAAAUCACAGUGCAGAGGCUGGAGGGUUUCGAUUGGGUGAAUGAGGAUGCGGAGAAGGAUCACGGCGGUCUUGCGGUGGAGAUCAGGUGGAAGGGGCCGCCGAGGAUUUCUCUGGGCUCGUUCAGGAGGACGGUGAGAAGGAAUUUUACGAGGGAGGAGGUUGUGAAAAGGGUUGAAGACGACGGGCGAAACGACGGCGUUUUGGUUGAGUGGGAUGAAGAAUUUCGUAGCGUCUGCACCCUUUCUGCCUACAAAGAUGAUGCGUUUCAUCCUUGGGAGAUCAGUUUCACCGUUUUCCAUGGUGCAAAGAACAAGAAUUCAAUACUUGGUUCAGCAGCCUUGAACCUUGCUGAAUAUGCUUCCAAUGCUGAUGAGCAGGCGAUCGAAGUCAAGAUUCCUCUAUCAGUUUCCGACACUGCGAUUGAGCGCCGCCCCUCACUCUGUAUAUCUCUUGGCUUGGUUGAACUCAGGGGAGUGCAACCGCCUACUGAGUUGGUCCAAAGUCCGAUAGUCCCUGCUUCAUCCCCUCCAGUAUCUGUGGAAACUCCUUCUACAGAGAAAGACGAGGUUUCUGCCAUCAAAGCUGGUCUAAGGAAGGUGAAGAUACUCACUGAGUACGUAUCGACUAGAAGGUCCAGAAAACCCAGCCAUGAAGAGGAGGGGAGUGAGGGCAGGUACUCUUCGAAAAGCGAGGGUGAUGAUUAUGCUUUCCCCUCCGAUACAGACUCCAUGGAUGAAUUUGAGGGAGGAGUCUCCGAUGAAGCCAAAGAGAAUUCUGCUGUUAGGAAAUCAUUUAGUUACGGGACACUGGCUAAUGCUAAUUAUGCAGGUGUUUUGAGUGCCGGUAUCAAUGAAGAGGAUGGAGACUUGAUCUACUACAGCAACCGUAGGUCGGAUGCCGCAUCCUCUCACGUGUCUAUCGCUGUUCCUACGCCUGCCGAGCAACCACUUGUGCGGAAUUCUAAACUCAGUAUUUUGCCUUGGAGAAAGAGGAAGCUGAGUUUCAGAGCUUCGAAAGCUAAAGGCGAGCCGUUGCUUAAAAAGGCGUACGGCGAAGAAGGUGGAGACGAUAUAGAUUUUGAUCGCCGGCAGCUCAGCUCUGAUGAAUCUCUGUUUUCCGGGCAGCAUAAGAGUGACCAGGACUCAAAUGCGAAUCGAACCUCAGUUUCCGACUUUGGCGAUGACAGCUUUGCCGUGGGCACUUGGGAGCAGAAAGAAAUAACAAGUCGGGAUGGACACAUGAAGAUGCAGACGCAGGUGUUUUUCGCUUCCAUUGAUCAACGAAGCGAGCGGGCUGCUGGAGAGAGCGCUUGUACAGCUCUUGUCGCAGUUAUUGCAGACUGGUUGCAGAACAACCACAAUCUCAUGCCCAUCAAAUCGCAGUUCGAUAGUUUGAUCCGAGACGGUUCUUUGGAGUGGAGAAAUCUCUGCGAGAACGAAAUUUACCAGGAGCGGUUCCCUGACAAGCACUUCGAUCUGGAGACCAUCCUCCAGGCUAAAGUUCGCGAUCUCUCUGUGAUUCCCGGGAAGUCGUUUAUUGGGUUUUUCCAUCCCGAGGGUAUGGAAGGUGGAAACUUUGAUUUCCUGCACGGUGCAAUGUCCUUUGACAAUAUUUGGGAUGAGAUUAGCUGUUCUGAGAGCUGUAACAAUGGUGAAUCCCCUGUUUUCAUCGUCAGUUGGAACGAUCACUUCUUCGUCCUCAAGGUUGAACCAGAUGCUUACUACAUAAUUGACACAUUGGGGGAGCGACUGCACGAAGGAUGCAAUCAGGCCUACAUACUAAAAUUCGACAAGGACACGGUUAUCCACAACAUCCCAAGCUCUACCCAAUCUUCCGAAGAAAAAUCUAGUGCCAAUCCGGCAGCAGUUGAGGCUCGGGAUUUGGGUAUGCCGGCAACAAACUCCGGCGAAGUUUCCAAGGAGUUGGCGUUGGUACCUCAAUCUGAGGAGCCAGCGGCGACUGAAAAUGUCGAGGAGGUUGUCUGUAGGGGUAAAGAGUCUUGCAAAGAGUAUAUGAAGAGUUUCUUGGCGGCAAUACCGAUCAGAGAACUGCAGGCGGAUAUCAAGAAAGGUUUGGCAAUGUCGACGCCUCUUCACCACCGGCUUCAGAUUGAGUUUCACUUUACAGAGCUGCAGCAGCGACCGGCAUCUUCUGCAACUCCGGCGACUGCGCCGCAGGUCAUUAUCUAAAGAGAUUAACUAGUAACUGUGCAGUACUAACGACAUUACAACACCAGAAUUCGGGUUUUAUCUCAAGAAAUCAAAGCUGUAGUCUGUCGAUUAAAAAUCUGUGUCGACUUCAUUUUCGCCCUUUAGAUGCCUAGGAUUAGAGGUGUAUUGAGGUUAAUAAUCUUCCCGGAGUUCUGUCAGUCAAUAUUAUCCUUCAAGAAUACUCUGUC